AUGGCCAGCACAACACGAGCGCUGAGCCGUACGGCUAUCUUUCUCUCUCGGAGACGCCCAGCGCGUCGUCCGCAAAUGAUCGCGUUCCAGCGGCCGGCAAUCGGUCAACAGUCCCGGUUCUUUUCACCGUCACCCUUGACCUACCUGCCAGAAGACCCGCCAGUGCCUCCUCCUUCCAAAGACCUGGGGCCGGAGGAUAUCGAGCAGCUGCCGGAGUACUCGCCGGAGAAUUUCACGAAAGAGGAAAAGACGAUGUACGAGAUGAUGUCCCCGGAGGAACGGGCGAUCUUCGAUGAGGAAAACCGCCGAUUCAUCGAGGAAUUCAACGACAUGGACAAGCGGGCCGAGGCCUUUGCAGAAAUCGACAAGUAUGCCGCCCAAGUCGAACGAGAGGAACCCAUGCGAUUCGAGGACGUGAAGGAGAAGCCUCGAGGAUUCUGGGCGGAGGAUGAAGACGACGAGUUUGCCCAGGUCGAGGACGGCGACGACGAUUUCAACGAUGACGAGAUCACAUCUAUGGCUCAUGCAGAGCUGGAAUUGCAUCGUGAGAUGAGAGAAUAUGCGCGAAUUGCGGCGUGGGAUAUGCCGCUAUUAAGCAAAUUGGCAAAGCCAUUUUCGUUACCCCCUGAAACGCACCUCCUUCGCUUCCGCUACACGACAUACAUGGGCGAACAGCAUCCUGCCGAGAACAAGGUGGUGGUGGAACUCUGCUCGAAGGAUCUCGUCCCGAAGUACCUCACCGAGGAGCAGCGUCAGACCUUUCUGAAGCUGGUGGGACCACGAUACAACCCGGACACGGAUAUCGUGAAGAUGUCUACGGAGAAAUACACGACUCGGGCCCAGAACAAACGGUACCUGGCUGAUCUGGUCAACAAGUUGAUCAAGGAGGCCAAGGAGGGCGAUUCCUUUGCGGACAUUCCCCUCGACUUGCGGCACCACAAGCCCAAGCGCAAGGUUUUCUUCCCAGAAGAGUGGAAGAUGACGGAUGCCCGGAAGAAACAGCUCGAGGCGAACCGGCAGGAGAGACAGCGUGCGGAGCGCGAGCGUGGAGAGAUCGUGGACGGCAGAGAGGUGAUCGCCCACGCCGUCCGGACUCUCCCUGGGCUAAGCGCAUCUCCACACGCAAAGGGGGCAGAGGAACGACAGAAGGUGGCUGUCAAAGUGGCCGCCAACAACAAGAAGGCCACUCAGAAGUUAAGAUAA